CGAGACGUCCACUUUUGUGUCGACGUUAACCUUAUCCCCGAAUUCCGUGUAAGACCAAAGGACUUUCAGACAUCUGAACUUCACUACGUCUUUCUUUCACCCUCUCCGCCGUACUGGUUUCAACAGCUUGGCUCUCCUGUCCAAUCGGCUCCUCUUGAUGAAUAUUGGUGCAAAACUGGUGUUAAGGCUAGGCUGAUUCAGAAUAGGCAAAUUAAUGCUGAGAUCAGCUUUGAUGUCAUCGGAAAGAUGGGUACGUCCAGACUGGAGUCUGCAGUUGCUGUGGCCGAUAAUUGGUUCCAAGGGGUUCUCAAGCCAUGA